UUUAGCAUCCAUAUAUAUCUUUCAAUAUAGAUUAGAAAUAAACCAAUCGAAUCCUAAGCCGCCGCCCGGCUUCUCCCGUCCGUCCCUGUAAUUUAUCCAAUCUUUUCACACCAUCUUUUGUUGCUUUUUCGAGAGAGAUCAAUAGCUUUCAAGUCCCGUAUUCUUCCCGGACGAGAUUGUUGAACUUGGAAACCCUAGCGAACUGAAGUGGGAACUCAGAGAUGAAGAGGCUAGCAUUGGAGGUGGAAGCAUCGAGGGCUACCAAUAAGCUAGUUUCCAGCUGGUGGGAUGAGAUAAACAGGUCAACUCAGUGGCAGGAUGGCGUCUUCUACUUUCUCUGCGCGGCAUACGCCCUAGUCUCUGCCAUCGCUUUGAUUCAACUAAUUCGAAUUCAGCUUCGUGUGCCUGAAUUUGGCUGGACAACCCAGAAGGUGUUCCAUCUUAUGAACUUUAUUGUUAAUGGAGUACGAGCUAUCUUAUUCGGAUUUCAUGCUCAUGUUUUUCUGUUAAAACCAAAGGUGUUUACCUUUGCAUUAUUGGACCUUCCUGGAUUGUUGUUCUUUUCUACGUACACCUUGCUUGUCCUUUUCUGGGCAGAGAUCUAUCAUCAGGCACGAAGUCUUCCAACAGAUAAACUGAGGAUUGUCUACAUCUCCAUUAACACUGUUAUUUAUGUAGUCCAGAUCUGUAUAUGGAUAUACUUAUGGAUAGACGAUGCUAAAGUUGUGGAGGAAAUCGGCAAAAUUUUUAUAGCAGUGGUAUCCUUGAUUGCUGCACUUGGUUUCCUGGUUUACGGAGGACGCCUCUUUCUCAUGUUGAGGCGAUUCCCAAUCGAGUCAAAGGGUCGAAGGAAGAAACUAUACGAGGUUGGGUCUGUAACGGCUAUAUGCUUCGCUUGUUUUCUAAUUAGAAGUGCUGUGGUGGUGAUAUCUGCAUUUGAAUCUGAGUUAUCUCUCGAAGUUAUGGAUCACCCUAUUCUAGACCUCUUCUAUUACACGCUUACUGAGAUACUUCCAUCAGCACUUGUUCUGUACAUCCUCCGUAAGCUACCUCCCAAAAGAGUAUCGGCGCAAUAUCAUCCAAUCCGCUGACACGAAAAUGAGCCGAAACAGACCUGUUUGAAUACUCGACAAUUAUCUAUUCUUAAGAUGGUUUUAGGGUUCAACGUUUAUUAUAUUUAUUGAAUGCGGUGAGAUGACUUGUAAGGUUCAAAAUGCUACUUUUUUCUUUUGUGAAUUUAUACUAAGUUGAAGCAUGGAAGCUACGGAGGCUAAGGUUCUUUAGAUAACGCUAGCCUCCCAUUUACUAAUAGUUAAUGUAAAUAAAAUGAAUCCAUUUCUGCUCAGGAUGGUUGAGAGUCUCA